UCCUGCGCGCAGGGGAUGGGGAGGUACAAGUUAAGGACUCCGCGCUCUGCCAUUGUUCUAGUUCUGGAGGUCCAGGCAGGGGACGGGACGGCGCUGCUCGGGCACCGGCAUGUCGUCAUGACGGGCUCCGGUCCGAAGCUCGGUGUCCUGCUGCUGCUGGCGGUUCUGCUACAGACUGUGGUCGUCACCAUCACCGUGCUGCAUUUCACCACGGCUCUCAACUCGAUGAAAGAGACGUUUGCGAGGAGCAGCGUUUCGUGUCUGACGGGUUCCGACCUGCAGAGCGUCUCGGCGGCCCGUGGGGAUCCGUGCUGGCAGGUCACUCAGCAGCUCCACCUGCUCAUCGAGAAGUCUCUGUCCCAGCGCUACCAGAGGCACAUUUCAUCGGCAGUGAGAGAUGAAGUGUCCCGGGUUCUGCCCUCGCUGGUGAUGGAGGACAGGGCGUCGCCGCGGCCCAAGGUGGCAGCACACGUCACCGGCAGCUACGUGGCCAAAGUGGACCGGGAGGGAGCAUCGGUCUCCGCUGGACGCCGCGUUCAGGGCCAGAAGAUCUCGUGGUGGGAGGGGAAGAAGGGCCUGGCCUUCCUGCAGGACGUGCAGCUGCUGGACGGGGAGCUGGUGGUGCAGCAGCCCGGCCUCUACUACGUCUACGCCCAGACCUACUUCAGACACACACACUCAGUGGAGGAGGAGGGCGAGGAGCUGGAGGAGCUGGAGGAGCUGGAGGAGCGGGGCAGACCCCUGCUGCAGUACGUCUACAAGAAGGUGAGCUCCUACCCCGUUCCCAUCCUGCUGAUGAAGACAAGCCGCACCUCCUGCUGGUCCCGCGGGUCCCAGUUCUCUCUGCAUUCGGCCCACCAGGGCGGUCUGUUCCCGCUGGGCCCCGGGGACCGGCUGUUCGUCACCGUCACCAACGCCUCCGCUGUGGACAUGGACGAGAAGAGCAGCUUCUUCGGCGCGUUCCUCAUCAGCUAGAGACGGGUCGGUGGCAGAUCUGACCCAUCAAACAGAACCACGACCUGGAGGAAGCCUGAGGCCGACGUGGCUCCUUCAUCCAUACUCAUACCACAACCUCCAUUCGUGGCCCGUUUCCCUAAAUGUUCUCUUCUCAUGAGUGGCCUCCGCAGCGUGAACAUGCACAAGUCUGUGACAUUGUUACCGUUGAUGGGCUGGUUCUCCUCCAGUUCUGUUCUGUCCCAGUAGGAGCACAAAGACUCCUGUUGAUAUUUUAACAUGGGGGCAGAGGUUAACAGAGGUUAGUCUGACACCGUCAGCUGCCUCAGCGUGCUAACAUCCACACAGAGCCGGACUGGGCAGGUCCCUCCCCCAGACCGGACCAGGUCCCGUUGGUGAAACUUUUGUUGCUGGUUUGCUCACUUGUCUCUGCGCUGUGGUGUCAGUUAUAUCACGUGUACAUGUAAAAUGUGUAACUAUUAUAGAAGUGAACUGUUUUGAUGUCGAGCGUCUGUUGUAACGUUUUAGUCGGACUCGCCUUCAGCAGCUGUUGUUCGGCUCACACCUGGGUCCCGUUGGCCCACCAGCGCCACCUACAGGAGACGGCGGUUGGAGCUGUAACCUUUGCCUCCCUCUGUUGCCCCAGGCCCCAGUGUGUGUAGCAUGUCCAGUUUGCCCACUUUGACUGUAUGAUGGCGUUGACGUGUGAUGUCUGUGUUCUGUAGCUGGAGCCGAGUGGUUUCACUCGCCGUGCUCCCCCUGCUGCAUCCUCACCUCUUCCUUCGUGCCUUUCCCCAUUAAACUGGCUGCGGCCUGUUUGUGUUGGCAGCAGAAGCUGAGCGUCUGCUGCUUGCCGGCGUCUGUCGUAACCUCCAAACGCCGCCUUCAAUGCUCUUGUCACGCUUGGUAUUCGUGGGCACACGUGUAGCUUUGGAUUGAACACAGAUGGAACCUGAUAAAAACAUCAUUCACAUCAUUAUCCAAACAGCUGAAGUGGAGGAUUUCUGCUGCUCCAUGUGGUGAAAUGAUUUGUUGUAGUGGAGCAAACCCAGCGAUGCUCAAGGACAUAAAGACCACAAUUAUUAGUUAUCAUUGAAUUAAAAAGAACUCGAAGUAUCAGGUUGAGCAUCGGCUGAAACGCUUUCCUGUGAACAGACUUUAUCCUGUAAUAAUAUCUGCAUCAGUGGUGACGCUGAAAAAGAACAGUCGACCCCUCCAAUGUCCACCUCGUCAGCCGGAGCCUCAGCAUCUGAAAGCAGCCAUGAACUACAUGAAUCUGAACCAUCAGACAAAUCACCUUUAAACAAAUAGAUUAAAUGGAAUGUGAAGGUGAAUGAAUGUGUUGCCUGUGUAAUAAAGACAGAAGGAACAAUGA